ACUUUCAUAGGGAUCGCGAAAGAAAACACACAGCUUUAUGAUAAAGGAGGGAGGAUAAUACCCUACACGCAAGACUGAGACUGGCUCAGGGUAAACAUUUCCUUUUCAGCUUUAUGCAUCACUUCAGAAUAAAUGCUUCGCGAACCCUUAUAACAGUAUGCAAACAACUCCUAAACAUCAAAAUUCGAAAGUAUUCGUCCUCCUCUGGUAUUUCUUACUAGUGAAAUAAGAGUACAUGUUGACCGACAUGAAGGCGGUGGUUUUCGAUGUGAGUUAACUACGUCACAAUGCAGUUUUCGAUAAGAUUGUCUUACUGAUCGUUCUCAUGAUGCGGGGGACCAGAAGCCUAAUAUGCAGUAAGGCCUUUGCUCUAGGUAUUCUCUGCGCCUAUUCCAGUGUGGCCGUUGUCUUGCUGGUCGCCAAAUCGACAACAUAUUGCGAUGGCACGAGAAAUGUACGAAUGCGAGAGACAGACGGAGGAGCUUCAGUAUUCAUGACCGUAUCAGAUGAAAGAGAUGCUGGUGGUGGUGAUGGCGGCGGUGGUGAUAGCAAAGUAUUGGCAACUUCUAAGAUGAAAAGUGAAGCUUUGUUUGCCGACAAUUUCGAGGAGGUGAACUCAUUGGAAGAGAUAGAAGACAUCGCCAACAGAUCAGAGUAUUCACCAGAACAUUCUUGGUCAGAGAACAACGCCCAGGGAAACGGUUUGAUGAGAGAAGUGCCACUAGAUGAACUCGACCUUUCCAAGCAAACAGACGUUGCGGAUGAGAUGUCAUUAGCAGCGACCACGAAAACGAAAACUAAUUUGACAAAAGUCCAAGGAGAAAUUGAUCCGUCGAAUUUAGAAGUGAUGGGAAACAAGGGAAACGCAAGUACAGUAUCAUUGCAAACACCGGUGAUGGUGGAGACGACAGUGAUGACAACAGCUAUUGUCGCAGCUCAGACCCCUGAGAAAGAUGGGGCGACAAAGGCACCAGUUCUUGUGGUGGACGAUUCAGUGGUAGAACCCACCCUGCCAUUAGGAAUGCGAUCAAAACAGCCGGUGACACUGGAAAUGCCUUAUGGUUCGAAUACAAGAUGCUCGAAGAAAUCUCAACACGGAUUAGACUGCAGAAGACGUGUCCCCAAGGUCAUUGGUAUCGGGAUGGAACGGUGUGGAACAACUGCCCUCUCGUUUUUUCUUCGGAUGCAUCCUGAUAUCGUCCACGCCAAGCCAAAGGACGUCUAUUACUGGAACCAUCACCCUGAUCGCAGUUUAGACUGGUACCGCAACCGCAUGCCUAUAUCUUCCAAAUACCAGGUCACCAUGGAGUACACCCCUUCGUACAUCCUUAGUCACGAGGUACCACACUUGAUCAAGGAGGUGGUACCGGAUAUGAAGUUCAUCGUCAUGAUCCGGGACCCGAUUGAGCGCGCUAUGUCACAUUAUCUGUACAUGAGACACACCAAACGUCCAGAAUAUCUCACUUAUAUAGCGCCGCAGCCUGGUGCCCCCGCCAAGGCUUACCAAGGCGCUUCGUUUGAGGCAACAGUCCUCACCAAAACCGGAGAUAUCUUCAAGGACAAUGCAGUCAUCGAGAACGCCAUAUACGAGAGCCACCUCAGACGAUGGUUUGAUAUUUUCCCAAGAAAGCAGUUUCUCAUAAUCGACGAGGGUCUAUUCAGCAAGGAUCCCGUUUCCAUUCUGCAACAGGUGGAAGACUUCAUCGGCAUUUCGAAAUUCUUUACCAAUUAUCAUGUUUAUUUCGACCGUGAUCGGGGUGUAUUCUGUCGAAGAGUUCCAACGAAAUAUUGCUCUAAAAGAUCGAUAAAGAAUGUACACCCUCCUAUUCCGCAGUAUGCCAUCAAGAAGCUCAGAGAAUUCUAUCGUCCUUAUAAUGUCCGGUUAGAAAAAUUAUUAAAUCGGACGUUCCCCUGGACAUAACUCAUGUCAUCGAUGCCGAACACUUGAAGAUUCAAACAAUAAUUGUUAUGUGCGACAAAUUUUCAUUUUGAAUCACCAUAAGUUCUUAAUCUUUGACUCAUUAUAAUUUCAAAAGUGGCGUCGGAUAGUCAUACGCCUUUCUGUUAUGUCAGUUGAUAUUUUUCAUUAACACCCAAACACACAAUCUUUUGACAUAUUUCUAAAUGCCAUUGUCAGAAUUGUUUAGAAGCAAUUGUCCUUGCUCAGUAAGUUCAUUAUACACUUUAAAGAAAACAAUUUACCAAAUGUAAUAUGUCUUGAAAAUAAAAAAGGAAUACUUUGCAAUCAUCGUGAUAAUGAAAUGUUUCGAAAUACCAUUGACCUUAUAAUAUAAGUAAAAGAAAAUCUAGACGAAGACAAAGAGGGAGAGGAAGAAAAAGAAUAAGAAAAAGAAAAAUAGGAGGAGUAAGACGAAGAAGAAGGAGGAAGAGAAAGAGAAGAAUAAUUCUAUAAAGUGAUACAUUAGUGAAGAGAGCUUCCUUUUGUAAUCGAGAUCAUUAACGUGAUAUAUUAUUUUAUAUAAUUCCAUAUUAUUGUAUACACUUAGUAGUGUUGAUUUUGAUACAAAUUAAACAACCAGGAAAGAAUUAUCAGAAAUUAUAUGAGGCUAAUUUGGUAGAUUUUUAUUACUUUAUGGUACUAUCAGAUAACAAAAUAAUUAUGAAAGGGUGUCACAUCUGGGGCCUGUUACAAAAAGAAAUGCAAUCAAACACAACUCUGAAAUCAAACGCAACUAUAGAGUUUUAACCAAUCAAAAGUGUGUAUUGUGACUUGCGAUUGAUUUUUUUUUUAUUUGCGAUUAUACGUAAUUCUUUUUUUAAAAGGGCCCCUCGUCAGUAUAUAGCCUGAAUAAGAUGAGCAGUCUCCUUCUAAAAGAUCCCGAACAUUCGUCAUUAUAGUGACUACUUUUUAAAUUAAUAUUUUAUUUGUUAG